UUUUGUUGGCUUUUUGACCUGUUGGUCAGUCUAUAGUUCUGCCUUCCACGUGAAUCGUUCGCUGCGGCUGGUAUACUAGCUUGGUGCUGUCCCUGGACCAGGAUAUAGAUCCCAGUCGCGCUUGCAUUGAACUUUCUCAUUCGUUUUGAUUUGUUGACCACCGGUGUUUUGUCUCAAUACGCACAGGCAAUCCUCUCAACGCUUGACCCCUCGGAGUUGCUGCUGGUUUGGUUGCCUUCGAUUGCAUCACAUUUAGUCGCAGCACACCAUCUCAUCUUAGGGUCUCGUGUCUCCGUCCGUAACCACCUCCUCGCCGGCUGGGCUCACUUGUCUUCUACGCUAUAUAUCUUGCGUCUUCUUCGAAGCUUUUCUUGAACGACCAAGGACGAGAUUUUCUGAUUCUAUUUCGACAUCGCAAUGGGUGAAAUCGAACCCGAGUCAGGCUAUAAGAUGCCCCUCGCCGGCGGCAAGCCUGUCGAGGAUGGUCUCCGAAGAGCCGACGGUGUUACCGGACUAUACGAGGGAAAUGUCUUCGAGGCCACCCCUGAUGACCGUCGUCAGAUCGGCGUGAUCAGUGCGUCCUUCUUGAUCUUUAACCGCGUUAUUGGUACUGGUAUCUUCGCCACACCUAGCACCAUUCUCUCACUUGCUGGCAGUGUCGGUUUGUCCCUCAUCAUGUGGGUCGUCGGCACAUUGAUUGCCAUGGCCGGUACGGCAGUCUAUCUCGAAUGGGGUACUGCAAUUCCUAAGAACGGUGGUGAGAAGAACUAUCUCGAAUAUGUCUUCACGAAGCCCAGGUUCUUGGUUACAGCCAUGUACGCGUCUUAUGCCGUUCUGCUGGGUUGGGCUGCGAGUAACAGCGUCGUCUUCGGCGAGUAUAUCCUCAAUGCUGCUGACGUCGAGGUCGGCCGUUGGAACCAGCGUGGUAUUGGGUUGGCGUGCGUCACGGUCGCCUUCUUGAUCCAUUCAUUUGCGGUCAAAUGGGGUCUCAUGCUUCAGAACGCGCUGGGAAUUGUCAAGCUUGUUAUCAUCAUCUUUGUCGUCGUGACCGGUUGGGUGGCUCUUGCUGGUCACAUGAAAAUCGAUAACCCUCCCCACAACUUCACGAAUGCUUUUGAGGGUACCACUGAAACUGGUUACGGCAUCGUCAUGGCGCUGUACAAUGUCAUCUGGUCCUUCAUUGGCUAUUCGAAUGCCAACUACGCCUUGAGCGAAACCAAGAACCCGACCCGCACCCUGAAGAUCGCUGCCCCAAUCGCCAUUUGCUCCGUCGGAAUUCUCUACAUGCUGUGCAACAUCGCAUACUUCGCCGCGGUACCCAAGGACCAGUUCUUGUCCUCUGGUCAGACCGUUGCUGCCACCUUCUUCGGCAAUAUGUUCGGUGAGCGGGCCGAGAAGGUGAUGUCCGUCUUUGUGGCUCUGUCGGCUUUCGGCAAUGUCUUGUCGGUGAUCUUCUCCCAGGGCCGCAUCGUUCAGGCUCUGGGUCGUGAAGGAGUUCUGCCCUUGUCGAAGUUCUGGGCCAGCAACCGGCCGUUCAACUCGCCCGCUACUGGUCUCUUCGAGCAUUGGGUUGUCUCCAUCAUCAUCAUGUUGGCACCUCCUCCGGGAGACGCCUACAACUUCCUGGUCAAUCUCAUCACGUACCCGCUGUCCAUUGUCAACGUGUUUGUGUCUGCUGGCUUGAUCUACAUUUAUCUGACCAAGUCGAAGAAGUUCCCGGAUUGGGCCCCAGGGAUCCGCGCCACCUUGCCCGUUACUAUCUUCUUCUUUCUGUCGAACGUCUACUUGGUGGUGGCUCCGUACAUCCCGCCCAGCGCGGGACAGAGUGUGUACAAGAGUCUGCCGUACUACCUGCACUGCGUGGUGGCGCUGGGCAUCUUUGCGCUUGGCGCCAUCUACUACGUGGUGUGGGCAGUCCUGAUGCCCCGCUUUGGAGGCUACAUCCUGGUCAAGGAGUCUGUGAUUGACGCCGAUGGCUGGUCCAGAAGUGUCUUCACCAAGAUGCCCGUGAACCAGGCUGCACAGUCGUCAGAGCAGCAGCAAUAGGCGCGCGCGUACGCGUCUGCCUUGAUCCAAGAAAUUGGCUCUGACCUGCAAACGAUCCCAACACUCGGGACAUUCUUUGUUACCUGAUGCUUUAUGAGGAACGAACGAUUCAACAUCAUCGCCGCUUAUGGCAUAAUCAUAAUGUUUACAUUAUUAUCGCAUUCAUGCGGAGUUUUUACGGACGGGUUUUUUUUUUUCUUGAUGGGAUGGAUGCAGCGAACAUGGUUCGGGACUUUCACAGUUUCAUUCAACAUUUACUUCUUAUAUUAUUUAGAUCCAUUCGAGAGAUACCAUUGCUACGGUGGCGUUCCGCUACCAUACUUCAAUUGAGACAAGAUUAUUUUGUGUGAUAGC